AUGACUGGAGCCCAAGUGGCCGGAGGAGGGUGGGAUCCUGCCGGCUGCUCGGUGCUGCUCCAGGGCGAACCCGGCCAACAGCGGAGGGGGGACAUGGACGGAACGCGGAGAGGGCUUGAAGCGAGGAAGUUUCGCAGCGCUCCACCCCACAGCAGCCAGAGCUGCAGCCGCUCAGAGCUGCUCUUCUCCGGGAAGCACAGCGCGAGAGGGCGGCUCUAG